AUGAUUUCAGGUUUGUUGCUAGAAGUAGUUGUUGUUGGUCGCGCUGGUGGCUAUCAGUUGGACACUUCCGGUAUCGCUUCCUUGUCGCCAGAGGACGACAAUAAGCCCAAUUGUGAGGGUGAGGGUGAGGGUGAAAUCCCGCAGAGUCGGGUUGAGCGUGAGCUGAUGCGAUUUCGCUGGCUUAAAGACGACUUCUUUCGGUCUGCGCCUGUAGUCAAGGAAGAGCCCAAGGCUCCCAGGCGCCAACGUGAGUUCACGCAGGAGUGCCGUCAAUUUCACUAUAACGGGCAUUGCCCCCGAGGUGCAUCCUGCGACAAAUUCCAUUUCGUGCCAUGGGAACUGCCCGGCCGUGAAUUUAGCGAUCACCCUGUGGAUCUCUUCUUCGCCAACUUCAAAGGGUUCGAUCAUCAGCGAACCAAGCCCUUUUAUGACGAGUUCUAUCGCAUGUGCGAUCACUUCGGCUGGUCUGAUGCCGAGGCCACUGAGCCCUGGCAUAAUUUCCUCAUCGCUCUUGUACAAGAGUUCACCUACGUCUUUGGAGAGAACGAGCGCAACCUGUUGAACUGGCAGAAGAUGUUCAAAACCAUUGGCUUGCCUGAGCCAACUUCUCUCAGCGAAGCAUACACAGUUAUGCGUCCAAUCCGUGUUGACCUCAUAGACAUGCUUGAGUCCAGUCGUACUGGUGAACCAGUCCAACGUUUCGAGGCUCUGGGGGAUCUUAGCCAUUAUUCAUAUGUUCAAGACAAAAUCUUUCCCAAACCUCCUGUGUCUCCCAGACGCAAACGCAAGGGUCCCAAGCCUAAGACGUACUCAAGCGGUCUCUUGAAGAUGAUGCUUCGUGAGAUCUCUUUCAAAAACCAAUAUAAGGGGACCAGGCUCGGGGGCACCGAGCUGGGCCUGGAUGAUGGCGAUUCUGCAUCUGAAUCGCGUUAA